AUGAUAAUAGUUUAUAUAUAUUCUAUAUCUGCUUAUUUUUCUAAUGAUCUAAAAAAUUCGUUUUAAUUUAAUGGAAAUAAUAAUAAUUUAUAAGUAUGUGGAAAUAAACUUGAUUGCUUUUUACUUUUUUUGAAUUUAGGUUUAAGAAAUGGUGGUGGAAUAGGUGAAUCAUUUGAUUAAGUUUAUCCUGGUUAAAAUUAAUAUUAUGGAAGAUUUAUUUUUGAGUUAAGCUUUUUUUUAGUAAUUAUUGUUAUUUGGCUAAAUAUAAUAUUUGGUAUUAUUAUUGAUACUUUUGCAGAAUUAAGAGAUAUUAAAUAUUUUAAAGAUAAUGAUUCAAAAAAUAAAUGUUUUAUUUGUAAUUAAGAUAGAGCUGAUUUUUACAAUUUGGGAAUAAAUUUUUAAAAACAUAUCGAAAAAGAGCAUCAUUUAUGGAAUUAUUUGGCAUUUAUUAUAAUGAUAAAAUAAAAAGAGAUAAAUGAUUUAGAUGGGACAGAAUAUUUUAUAAGAAAUAACUUGGAUACUUAAAAUAUAUCAUGGUUUCCAAUUGGGAAAUCUAUUUCUAUAUAAAAUAUGAUGUAAAAAGAAGAUUAAAUAAAAAAAAUAAAAUGA